AAAAAGUGUAUUUGUAUCUUAAUUCCGAAGAGGGAUCGUUCAUUCUCACAGACCAGCGUCGGGCUAAAUUAUCAUUUUGUUCUGUCGUUCAAAAGAUCAAUGACGCUUCACAAACGGUCGGAAAAGAUGGCAAGGUAUAUCUACUUUUGAUAAGAUCUACAGUAUUUUAAGUCCUGCGUGGAUAACACUAACAUAGUAACAUCUUAACGUUAUGUAAUAUUUAAACCUCCAAUUUAAAUCCACAAUUGCAUUAUUCCUUGCGAGAGUCUCAACCGUUUUGUCCAAGAUUGUAGCUUAGUUAUUUUUAUAUUCUUUGUAAAUUUGCUAGAAACUUAUUUGUAUAUUUACUUCAUAUUUUAGUUCCAAACUUUCAUAUGUCUUGGUGCGAGGUGAGUUUGGAGAACGUCUAUCGAGGCUUGUGAAGGAUAGAGCCUGAGGGAGUUUAGGUUUCCUCCUGUAGUAACACUGGAUCAAUAAGAGAUGAUCCUUAAAGUUCAAUAAACCAUCUAUCUAUCUACCUGGACCUCUAGGAAGAACAUUUUAGAACUGAUAGAGCUAUCCAGUAUAAAUAAAGUUGGUUUAGUUUAGGUUUCCUCCUGUAGUAACACUGGAUCAGUAAGAGAUGAUCCUUACUGGACCUCUAGGAAGAACAGUUUAGAACCGAUAGAACUAUCCAGUAUAAAUAAAGUUGGUUUAGUUUAGGUUCCCUCCUGUAGUAACACUGAAUCAAUAAGAGAUGAUCCUUACUGGAUCUCUAGGAAGAACAGUUUAGAACUGAUAGAACUAUCCAGUAUAAAUAAAGUUGGUUUAGUUUAGGUUCCCUCCUGUAGUAACACUGAAUCAAUAAGAGAUGAUCCUUACUGGACCUCUAGGAAGAAUUGUUUAGAACUGAUAGAGCUAUCCAGUAUAAAUAAAGUUGGUUUAGUUUAGGUUUCCUUCUGUAGUAUAACACUGGAUCAAUAACAGAUGAUCCUUACUGGACCUCUACGAAGAACAGUUUAGAACUGAUAGAGCUGUCCAGUAUAUAUAACACUAGAUCUAGGAAGAACAGUUUAGAACAGUUUAGAACUGAUAGAGCUAUCCAGUAUAAAUAAAGUUGGUUUAGUUUAGUUUAGGUUUCCUUCAGUAGUAACACUAGAUCAAUAAGAGAUGGUUGUUACUGGACCUCUAGGAAGAACAGUUUAGAACUGAUAGGACUAUCCAGUAUAAUUGAGUCAUCUUAUUUUCGCAGGGAUCAUCUACUGGAGGAAUGGUUUCCUCUGAUCUCAGUAUGUCCAGUUACAACUCACAUGUACGAACAAAACUCAUUCCUGCGAGACAAAGACAUGGUCGAGUUCCUCGUCAUUCUACUUCGCUCCUUGAUCGAAUUCAAUAUCGUGUUGGAGGCAUCGCUGUUGAAAGGAAUAUCUUAA